CGUUGCACUCGUGACGGAGGAAAUAAGCGAAAAGUGUCCAUGAAGUGUAGUAGGACUUUCAGCGGGCUUCUGUCACGAUUCUUCAAAACUGACACGUAAUCUGUCUCUGUCCAUGCCAGGUUCCGUGUUUUUAGAAAUAUGUUGGUGAGUGAGAAGAAUCCGAGCUCGAGUCGGACUUUGAGGACGUAGCAGAAACUCCAGACUAAAACUUGAGAACAUUGCUCAUGCUGUACAGUCCUUGCAGAGGAAUGGCUAAAGAACAGAGACAAAGCAGGGCAGAGACAUUGGUACUGGCUGAAUCAAAUGGUCAUAAUGGUGCACAGUGGGAACCUGAUGUGAACAACUCGCAGCAAAGCCACCCUGCUGCAACCAAGCACACGUUGAGGAUGGCCCGCGUGACCUCAGACGUCAGACAUAAGUGUGCGGCCUACGUGCUGGCUCUGAGACCUUGGAGCUUUAGUACUUCGCUCACACCCGUGGCUCUCGGUAGCGCCUUGGCGUACAAACUGGAAGGCUCUGUUGACCUGGUCGUCCUGAUGGUGUGCGCCAUGGCUGUCCUCGUCGUCCACGGAGCAGGAAACCUUGUUAACACCUACUAUGAUUUCUCUAAGGGAAUCGACCAUAAGAAGAGUGAUGAUAGAACUCUUGUGGAUGAAAUUCUGGUGCCCCAGGAUGUUGUCAUGUUUGGCGCUUUGCUAUAUUCUUUUGGGUGCUUGUGUGCCACUCUGCUCUACUUCCUGUCUACACUUAAAUUGGAGCAUCUCGCUCUUAUUUACUUUGGAGGACUCUCCAGCUCUUUUUUAUACACUGGAGGCAUCGGCCUCAAGUACGUGGCCCUAGGAGACAUAGUAAUCCUCAUUACCUUCGGCCCUCUGGCUGUCAUGUUUGCCCACGCUGUGCAGGUGGGCUACCUGUCGGUGCUGCCGCUGGUCUACGCUGUGCCGCUGGCCCUCAACACAGAGGCCAUCCUCCACAGCAACAACACAAGAGACAUGGACUCGGACAAGCAAGCGGGAAUCGUCACCCUGGCCAUCCUUAUAGGCCCAACGCUCUCUUACGUCCUCUACAACCUCCUGCUCUUUGUCCCGUAUGUGCUGUUCUGCAUCCUCGCCACCCGUUACACCAUCAGCAUGGCUCUGCCUCUGCUCACGCUGCCCAUGGCCUUCCCCAUGGAGAAACAGUUCAGGAGUCGAUGUUAUGCCAAGAUCCCGCAGAAAACGGCCAAGCUCAACCUCCUCAUGGGACUUUUCUAUGUUUUCGGGAUCAUUCUGGCACCUCCUGGCAGCUUGCCGUUACUGUGAUCUGUUAGAUUUUGACGUUUCAUACUUGUGUUUUAUUUACUGUCUAGUUUAACAUAGUUCUGUGUAUUUGUACAAAUCAGUCUGAAGGCUUAUGCUGGCUUUAAUUUAUUAAUUUAUGAGCUGAACGGGGCUCCUCUCGAACAGAUCGACGCAGGUUUCUUUGCAGUAUUAAGCCGUUCACAGUGUGUUUAAAUUAAGAAACGUUUGUCAUUUUAAAGGAGUGGACUGUUCAGAAGCCACUUGCUGGAUUUGUAGUUCUUAAAGAUACAAUACCAAACAUUGCCACAAACACAAUAAAGUCAGAAACUAUGUAUGGUACAUAAUUAAUUUGAUUGUUGGCAUUUUAUUUGGAGAGCCAGGUAGUUUUAUUUGAUUGUAAUAAAAACUCACUGACACU